AUGUCGUCUCUUGCGCUAACGUUACCUGUUACGUCGGUGGUGUCGGUGAGGAACACUAAACUCGGGAGGAGUUUCUGUAAUGGCGGCAGGAAUUGGUCGGGACUUAUUAAGUUGUCGGAGAAAUCGAAGAGCAGACGAGGUUAUGGUCUCUGCUGCAAGGCGGAGCUGUCUGAGCUAGCUCCAGCCGCCUCUGCUGCGUAUGGUGUUCUUCUUCUAGGAGGUGGUCUCUUCGCCUAUAGCAAGUCUGGAAGCAAGGGUUCUCUCUUUGGUGGCUUAACCGGUUCUGUUCUUAUGGCAUCUGCCUACUUCCUUACUAAAUCACCAGAGACAAGAGUUCUCGGCGAUACCAUAGGACUCGGCUCUGCCUUCCUUUUCGCUUCCAUCUUUGGAUUUCGUUUGGCAUCUUCUCGGAAACCGGUCCCAGCGCUCCCGCUACUACUCCUUUCCAGCGGCAUGUUGUCCUUCUUUGUAAUGGCGUAUAUGCACGACAGUUUACCCGCUAUACCUGUACCGGAGCCAUUACCUCUACCUUAG